AGUUUUGUUUGUAAAGUGUUUGCUCGACUUAAUACGUGUGUGUUCGUCUCUCUAUAACUCUAGUAUGAAAUCUAGUGGACUAUUUGUAGUACUUGUGUUUUGUAAGUUGUGAUAAUCGUAUGGCUAUUGUCGACUUGUUCUCCUAGCAAUCAAUGGUAAAACCCCAUCGACGGCUACCAGCCUAUUGUAGACUCGUUCAACGUCAUUGAUCAGCGGAACCACUAAUUGAAUGAGCGAAGAGGCGGAUAAAUUGUUAUUACCAUCUCCAAGUCAGUGUACAACAGUCGCUCAUACGACUUCGGCAAUGGAUAGCCCGCCGUAGGGGGAAUUAAUGAAAACUUUUUAACAAGUUUAUGCAACACUUUAUCUAUUCUCGGGAUGUGAAACUAACUGUUGAUACAAAGUCCACCAGAGUUUCUAAGGACGCUUUUAGCCAUCUUCUAUUGACUAAUUUAACUUACUACAAAGAAAACGGAAAACUCGAUAUAGUCUUUAUUGAAUUUACUUGCGCUAUUAUCAGGAACUGCUCAAACAAGGACGACACCAGCGACAUAGAAACAAUAUCAGCGCAACGUUUAUUGGAAAAUUUCCAAAUUGUUUAAAUUGUAAAGCAAAAAAUAUAAAUAACUUCAAACCAUGUAGACUUUCACGUACAAGACAGUAGAGUUUUAAAAAGCCUUUUGGAUUAAUGAACGCGACAUGUGACAGUGGACAUCUUCAAGUCUGUUAUAAGGAAUAGGCGUCAGCUUUCUUUUCAUUCUUUUGUUAAUUAGUUCGAAUAACACCUUUUCAAAAUGCCAUCGAAUUCCGAUCAACACGCAAAUACCAUCCGUGUUAAGCUAAUCAAGCAGGAAAAUGGUGGACUCGGGUUCCUGGUUAAACAAAGAAUGAACAAACCUUUUGUUGUGGUCGCGGACUUGGUAUCAGGUGGCAUUGCUGAAGAAAGCGGCCUGGUCCAAGUCGGAGAUGUUAUCUUAAGGAUCAAUGAUAUAGAUCUAACUGAUAUGAGCUAUGAAAGCUCGGUGGAAAUAUUAAAAGCUGUGCCUGUCAACGCACCCGUUGUGCUCUUGCUGCGCGGUCCAGAAGGAUUCUCAUCUCAUCUGGAGACAACUUUUCUGGAAAAUGGAAUGCCUACGUCUGCACGAGUGACUAAACCUAUUGAUAAUACAAUUGUAGGUCGAAUACGAAGGACAUUGGCGUCAACACCUUCUCCAUUAUCGUCGCCUGUGCGAACAUUGAAACAAUUGUGUAACGGUGAUGAUUCUGGUGGGAAGGGAGGCAGGAAGAAUUCGAAAAAGAAAGCACAAGUUACUGAAAGUGUAGGGAAUGAUACGGAAUUCAACAUUGACUCUCAUCAAAGGGAUGCAAACACACAGACACUGGAACAACAAAAGACCUCUCUGGUUAACGGUGAUGUAGUUCGUGCAAAAAACGAUGACAAUUUUGAGGAGACUGUUUUAGAUAAUGGAUGUCAGGGUUCACCUAAGAUAAUUCUCUCUAGCCCAACACUGCUGUCAAACGGACCUCUAAAGAAAAGGUUUAAUUCUGAAAACGGUGAUAUUAAAGCUAAGUGUCAAAGCCCUUCGCGGCGCGCAAUAGAAAUAAUACAAGAUAAUGACGAAAUAACUGUAGUGGUGAAAGGUGAUAUUAAAAUUAAGAAUGAUAGUGACAAUGGCAGUUAUGAUAAUACCCCUAAACGUGUAGUCAUUGGUGGGUCCUCAACGCGGGAAAUAGAAGGUUCAUCUAAUGGUCAGUCACCUGAAAACGGCGAAAGUAUCCGACCCGCUAGUUGCGACCACGUAGACGUGUCCGACGACGAAGGAAAAAAAAUGCCGUCAGAAAAGCGAAAGAAUGGGUCUUUGACCAACACCCCAAGACGUGGUGGAGAAAGAAGAGCAUCUGCUACACCAAGUCCAAAGAAAUACACCAAACUGAGGAACUUACUUGAUGAUAAAACAGACAUGGAUGUUCUUCACCACAAAUCUGCUGAGCCCACACAGUGUACUCCUGAACGAUGUAUGGGUUCCUUAAUGGACAUGGCAUCAAAAAGACCUCCAGGUAUUCCUAGAUCCAAAGAAGAAUUAAUUACACAAGCCAAGAGUUUCAUUGAACAAUAUUACGCCUCUAUUAAAAGAAUAAAUACACCAUCGCAUCAAAAAAGAUCUCAGGAGGUGCUGAGUUCUAUAGAAAAGUCAGGAAGCUAUGAUUUAACUACCAGUGAAUUAACCUUUGGUGCCAAAACUGCCUGGAGAAAUGCUGCAAGAUGUAUUGGUCGAAUUCAGUGGACGAAAUUACAGGUAUUCGAUGCACGGCAUAUUACCACCGCACGUGGUAUGUUCGAGGCUAUUUGUAACCAUAUUAAAUAUGCCACUAAUAAGGGAAACAUUAGAUCAGCAAUAACUAUUUUCCCACAGAGAACUGUUGAGAAGAAAGAUUUUAGAGUAUGGAAUGCCCAGUUAGUAAGAUAUGCUGGUUAUAAACAACCUGAUGGUAGUGUUAUAGGUGAUCCUUCAAACGUCGAAUUUACUGAGAUUUGUAUCAAGAUGGGUUGGAAACCUAAAGGAGGCAUGUUUGAUAUUGUUCCCCUAAUUCUCUCAGCUGGAGGACAUGAUCCAGAGAUGUUUGAAGUACCCCCAGAACUUAUUCUUGAAGUACAAAUCAAACACCCCAAAUACCCUUGGUUCAGCGAGAUGGGAUUAAAGUGGUACGCCCUGCCGGCUGUGUCUGCUAUGUUAUUUGACUGCGGUGGUUUAGAGUUUACAGCCUGUCCCUUUAAUGGAUGGUAUAUGGGUACUGAGAUCGGGGCCAGAGAUUUCUGUGACGUAAAUAGAUAUAACAUUAUUGAGAAUGUUGCUAAACAGAUGGGAUUAGAUACCAGAAAAAGUUCUUCACUGUGGAAAGAUCGAGCUCUUGUAGAAGUUAAUAUUGCCGUCUUACACAGUUUUCAGACUUCAGGAGCAACUAUAACAGAUCACCACUCUGCAUCAGAAUCGUUCAUGAAACAUCUUGAGAAUGAACAGCGACUACGUGGUGGUUGUCCUGCUGACUGGGUCUGGGUUGUUCCCCCAAUGAGCGGAUCACUUACUCAAGUUUUUCACCAAGAAAUGCUACUUUACAAACUGAAACCUUCGUAUGAAUAUCAGGAGGAAGCAUGGAAGACACAUAUAUGGAAGAAAGACCGGGAUAAAACCAAAUCUUCAGACAGACCUAAACGGAAAUUUGGAUUUAAAGAAUUAGCUAGGGCUGUGAAAUUCUCUGCUAAGUUAAUGGGCAAGGCUUUAGCUAGAAGAGUCAAGUGUACCAUUCUUUAUGCUACAGAAACCGGUAAAUCAGAAAGAUUUGCUCGAACUCUCUGUGAAAUUUUCAAACAUGCAUUUGAUGCAAAGGUCGUAUGCAUGGAUGAAUAUGACGUCACUGUGUUAGAACAUGAAAAUUUAGUAUUAAUUAUAACCAGUACUUUUGGUAAUGGUGAUCCCCCAGAAAAUGGAGAGAUUUUUGCUAAAAGUUUAUUUGAAAUCAAGACUCAUGAUGAGUCAUCUGCUGAAAGUGACUUCAAGUCAUCGUCGUACAUCAGAAUGAGUUCUUCAAGUGAUAAGAGCAUAAAAACGGCACAUGAUAAUAAAGGAGUGGACGAGAAGCACGGCGAAGAUGAUAAUCUAUAUAUGGAAACGGGGCCAUUAGCAAAUGUUAGAUUUUCUGUGUUUGGGCUAGGGUCUAGAGCCUAUCCUAACUUCUGUGCCUUUGCUAAUUACAUGGACAAAAUGUUGAGUGAAUUGGGAUCAGAGCGCAUUUAUAAAAUGGGAGAAGGUGAUGAACUCUGUGGCCAGGAAGAAUCUUUUAGAAACUGGGCUCAAGAAGUGUUCAAGUCUGCGUGUGAAGUAUUUUGUCUGGGUGAUGACGUCAAUAUGUCCGAGGCUACAGGAGCCUUGUCCAGCACAGAUCAUACAUGGCAACCUGAUAAAUUCCGAUUGACUCCCAUGGAUAAUGAGAAGGAAAUCGAUUUAUGUGAAGCAUUGUCUAAACUACAUAGUAAAACUAUUCUACCCUGUAAAAUGAUGGAAAGAAAACAAUUACAGUCUACAGAAUCUAAUCGUGAAACUAUUCUACUAAAGAUGGACACCCAAGGAGCAUCAGAAUUAUUAUACAUGCCUGGUGACCAUGCUGGUAUAUUUCCCGCCAACAACCCAGAACUGGUGGCCGCCAUCUUAGCUCGACUACACAAUUCACCCCCACCAGAUCAGUUAAUACGUCUAGAAUUCUUGACAGAAAAAAACAUGCCUUUAGGAACAAUAAAGAGUUGGGGACCAUAUGAAAAGAUGCCAGUUUGUACACUAAAGACUGCCUUCACGCGCUUCCUUGACGUCACCACGCCACCGUCACAGUCUCUCCUUCAAUCAUUGGCUGCACAAGCAUCACGUGACACAGACAGGGAACAAUUAGAACUAUUAGCGACUGAAUCUAAUGCUUACGAAGAUUGGAAGUAUGAUAGAAUGCCUAAUCUCUUGGAAGUUCUUGAAGAGUUUCCGUCAUUAAGAGUCCCUCCCUCGCUGCUUAUGACUCAACUCCCAAACUUACAGCAAAGGUUUUACAGUAUUAGUUCUUCACCUAAAGUAUAUCCCGGUGAAAUACAUGCUACUAUCGCCGUUGUUACAUACAGAACACAAGAUGGCGCUGGUCCAGUGCAUGAAGGUGUCUGUUCAUCGUGGUUGAAUAGAUGUGAACAAGGGGAAGUAAUCCCCUGUGCUGUUAGAGGAGCGCCAAGCUUCCGAUUACCAGACGACAAUACGCUACCAAUUGUAAUGGUAGGUCCUGGAACAGGUAUAGCACCAUUUAGAAGCUUCUGGCAGCAACGGAAAAUUGAUAGGGAAAUGGAGGAUAUACCAUGUCAUGGUGAUAAGAAGGGUUGGGGAGAAAUGGAACUUUAUUUCGGAUGUCGCAACUCUAAAAUAGAUAAUAUAUAUAGUGAUGAACUAACUCAAAUGAAAGCUGAAAAAGUGCUGAAUAAUUUCUACGUGGCCUUGUCUAGAGAACCAGAUGUACCUAAGACGUAUGUUCAAGAUGAUUUAAAGGUUCAUAGUGAAAAGGUGUAUCGUGCCAUAGUUAAAGAAGGGGGUCAUUUUUACGUCUGUGGUGACGUUUCAAUGGCGUCAGAUGUUACCACUACUUUAGAGAAGAUUUUACAAGAAUGUGGCGGAAUGAAAUCCGAAGUUGCCAAGAACUUUAUCUUAAAACUUAGAGAUGCAAAUAGGUUCCAUGAAGAUAUAUUUGGUGUUAGUAUACAGAAACGCAGUACAGAGAGUGAUAAACCACGUGAUCAGGGCCAAAGAGCGUGGAAGUAUAUAAGUUCUGCUGGUAAACCUAAUAAACCAGAUACAGUUAAAGAAAUUGCAACUCCUAUACCCGCACCGGCAAACAGAGCACCAACUACAAAACCAAAGGCACCGCCUAAAAACGUGUUUCAGAAAAAUAACAUUGAUACUGAUGUCACAUAAUCAAGAAAGCCCUUUGUUCAACAGUUUUCUCUUAAAUUUCUUAUUUCUGUUUUUAAUGAAAGUUUGAAUCGAUGGUAUGUUGAUAUAUUCAGCUUUUUCACUUUUUAUGUAAAUAAUAUUUCUUAUAUUUAAAUGGAUUAUUCAAUAAUUAAAUUAUUCUCUUUCUCACAUUUUCUCAUUGCUAAAUCAUCCAUUUUUGUUGAUUCCUCUGUUUCAUCCACAUUACAUUUAAUCAAAACUGAUUAUGUAUCGUUUAAUAUUAUUGGUUAUUAAUUAUAGUCUUGCAUUAUGUCUCGUUUAAUAUCAUUGGUUAUUAAUUGUAGUGUUGCAUUAUGUCUCGGUUAAUAUUAUUGGUUACUAUAGUGCUUCAUUAUGUCUCGUUUAAUAUGAUUGGUUAUUAUAGUGCUGCAUUAUGUCUCGUUUAAUAUUAUUGGUUACUAUAGUGCUUCAUUAUGUCUCGUUUAAUAUUAUUGGUUAUUAUAGUGCUUCAUUAUGUCUCGUUUAAUAUGAUUGUUUACUAUAGUGCUUCAUUGUAUUAUUGGGAUAUAGUUAUGUUGUUAUCGUUGUCAUUUUAUUUAUUAAAUUCAUUGUAUAGGCUAGUAUUAUAACCAUAAAUAUUUUAUCUAGAAAGCAAGGCUUGGGUGUGAUUACAUAGGGCUGAAGCUUAUAUUUGAAAGACGUAAUCCUAUAUAUCAUCUCCAAAUCCCAGAUUAGUAUGUUGGAAACAUAGUGCUAAAUAUAUAUGUAAUAUGCUGUGGAACAGAAACAUCACUGAAAUUUAUUUUUUAUCAAAACACCGACCGGUUUAAGAUGAUAUUUUCUACAUUUUCCUUCGAGACAUGAUGCCACGUUAUAAAACCAAUUUGAACCCUAAAGUGCUAUUGUAUUUUAAUAUUUUAUAUUAACGUCAUACAUGUUUAGCUGUUUUUAUUAUAUGUUUAAACUAAAUACGAAUGCAAAAACUUGGUUUUUACGUGGUGAGGGUUCCAGUUAGGUUGUUUUGUUUUGGUUUUU